AUUGUUGGUUUUUAUCAACACUAAAUCAAGAUAUCUGCUAUUGUCUCGCGGUCGUUUUAUUUUUUAUAAAUUUUGUAUUAAAAUGGUGAUAAUAACUCCAGUUUCGGCACCCGAACACGGUUUGCUGUACACAGCUAACAAUAUAAAACUUAAGUUGGGAGAAAAAAUUGUUGGAGACGGAACAGUCUACAUAGCUCAAAACUCGCUUUCUUGGCAACCUAGUGAUUUGCCUGAUGGCAUAUCUAUUAAUUGGACAGAGGUAAGCUUACAUGGAAUCUCAUCGAACCCCAGGAAAUGCAUUUAUUUCAUGUUGGACAACAAAGUAGAAUGGGAUGGGGUAUAUGGCAGUGGACAAAAUGGUAACGAAAAUGGUAUUGGCGAACCUCAAUCGCGAGAUGAUGUGGAUGAGGGUAAUGAAAGUGACGAGGAUGAUGAUGGUGUUGAUAACUUCGAGGAUGCUUUGGAUAACGAACAGUUUGAUGCAGUCACAGAGUGCUGGCUCCUGCCCGACGAUAUACAUUCUGUAGACACCAUGUACCGGGCCAUGACCACUUGUCAGGCAUUACAUCCAGACUCUGCAGACAGCGAUCUCUCUGAAGAUAGCGAUGCUAUGCAAGAUGCCGGAGGCAUGGCUUAUGAUGAUCAAGACAUGGCUGGGGAUGCACUUACUCUGGGUCAGAAUGAUGGCGAGGUAGGUGGUAUGCAAAAUCUAAGCCUCGACGAUGAUGACGAACGUUUCGAAGAUGCCGAUGAGUAAAUUUUUUACGCAGAGGUUUUUUAUAUUUAUAAAUUAUACGAAAUUUUAAGGCUAAAGUGUAUGAAAAUUGUGAAGAUAUUUGAAUAGCUUUUGGAAUACUAUACAUUAUAUAUAUAUAUAAACGCUAUAAGCGCA